AUGCUGGUUCUCCGGCAGCUACUGGCCAUUGCCGUGGCUACUAUCAUUCCUACGAUUGCGGCUUUUCCCUCCAAGCCGACAGGCAAGAGAUCAUUUGAUUGGGAUGCUACACGACACUUAAUUGCUUUUGGCGACUCGUAUACAUACGUGCAAGGCAUCUAUGGCCAUCAGAACUACAGCUUCAUCGGCGAUCAGCUGAAUUUCGAAUAUGAUGCGAAAAUCCUGCUAACGAACAAGAUCGUUCAGAACCAGACCGCGACGGCAGAAGGUGGCCCAAACUGGGUCGAAUUUCUUACCGAUUGCGGAGUACGCAAGGGAUUAACCUCGCCGUUCAGCUGUAGAAAACAACUUUGGGAUUUCGCGUUCGCGGGCGCAGAUAUCUCCGUUGAACAUCUGCCCCUUCAUCACAACUUCACCGUCUCCCUCGUCAACCAGGUCUCCCAGUACAAGCAAUUCGGAUACCCCGUUCUCAAGCACGUAGUCAACCCAUCCCAGACACUGGUCGCCAUCUGGAUUGGCAUAAACGACAUCAACGACAGCGCCAAAUACAGCGUGAACUUCCCCGACUUUUACGCUCAACUCAUGGGCACGCUAUUCGACUCCGUGCAGGACCUCUACGCCCUCGGCUAUCGCUCCUAUCUCUUCCUCAACCUGCCCCCUCUGGACCGCACGCCCAGCAACCAGGCGCGAGCCAACCCCAGCCCCAACGCAACCCAAGUGUCGUGGUUCAACGAGGCACUAGAACAGCACGCCGACGCGUUUGAGACCAGACACCCCGACACGAACGUCCUGGUGUUUGACGCCCACGGCACCCUCAGCGACAUGAUGGACCAUCCGGCGCAGUACGGCAUCGUGAACACGACCAAUUUCUGCGCUGGGUAUAACCAGCCCGACAUCGACUGGAACUAUCAGGCGUAUGGGUGUCCCACGCCACUGGAUACAUAUUUCUGGUUCAAUUCGGGCCAUUUGACGAGUCAUGCGCAUAGGAAACUAACGGAGGUUCUGGAACAGCAGUUGGAGGAAUGGACUGGAUGA